AUGCCUGAAUUCAGUGCUGAAUUCCUUAUUCAGAAUGAGAAUCUCUGGAAGUCAGCAGUAGAAUCAUUGCUAAACACAACAAUUCUAUCUGAAAGAGAUGAAAAGUGGGGCAAAUUCAUUCUUCAUGAUAUUCCAGUUGAAAUUUUUGACUGUGAAGAAGGAAUGCUACUUCUCAAAAAUGAAUUGGAAGAAUACAACUCCAUUCAACUGAGAAAGGAGCCUCUCAAACACAGUGUUCAAACUGUCAAAGAUAUGGACACUUUGCAAUCUCAUGUUUUAGAGACUCAAAAUGUGCAUUCUGUGCCAGAGAUCACAAAACUAGUGAGCAUAAAUGUGAAACAUGCUCAAAAAGAGGUGAAAUUUGUCAACAUACUCUGCUUAAGUGCUCUAAUUGCAAAGAAAAACAUGCAUCUAGCUCUAAAGAAUAACUGGAGAAAAGAUGAAGCUCAAAGUCAAUCUAGAACUGAAGAGAAGAGUCAAGCCAGUAAACUCACAACUGCAAGCUCAAAAAGAAGAAACUCUCAAUUAUCUAAGUCUUCAAACUCCAAUUCUCCAGCAAAAUGUAAACAGAAUUUGAAUCCUCAAACUCCUGUUAAGAUUAGAGAAUUGAGAAAUGACUCUGGUGAUAAACUAGAUAUAAUGCAAGCAGUUGAGAUUCCUACUUUUCAGAACAGUUAUAAUCUACUAUCUGAUGAUAGUGAUUAG